UUUCAUGAGCAGCUGACCCUUCGUUCAGGUCCCAUCGUUACAUCUCGCUGUCUCCCAGGCAGAUCAGACAGGCAAGCUUGUAACCUUUUCCCUUUUGUCGUCUAUUUCCCUUCCUUGUCAUUUCGUUUUCGCAGCGCUAGCAGUGUGUGAGAGGAAGAUGAUCAGAGGCACAAGCCGGGAAAAAAAGCAACUGAUUUGGUAUUUAAAGGUACUUUGUUUAGAAGGCCACAUGACAAAAACAUUGGGAUACCUUGACUUGGGGGCAACAGGAAUGGUGAAGAAUGGACCAUAUGGUACCACCAAGCCUCACUCACUCCAUCCAUCCAGGGUUUUCUCCAGUGAUCCGUUCAAACCAGUAAAAACUCCAAUGCAAUCGCCUAUCACUCCCUGGGAGUGGAGCAAGAAUCAAACACUGCUCACUGGUGGGUUUGGUCAAAUACCUAAACGCAAGCCUUCCAUGAAAACUGGGAGAACCAAGAAAAUCUUUGGAUGGGGAGAUUUCUAUUUUAACAUCAAGACUGUCAAGUUCAGUCUGCUGGUGACCGGUAAGAUUGUUGACCACAUAAAUGGGACGUUCAGUGUCUACUUUCGGCAUAACUCCUCUAGCCUUGGAAAUGUGUCUGUCAGUAUUGUUCCACCUACGAAGGUGGUAGAAUUCGACCUUCUACAGCAAUCUACCUUGGAUACCAGAGAAACUAAGACAUUUAACUGUAGGGUGGAAUAUGAAAACACCAACAAAGCCUUGAAGAACAAACCCUGCCUCUACGAUCCAGCCAAAAACUGUUACAUGGAACAUACCCAAAGUCAUGCCGCAUGGCUUUGUGCUAAACCAUUUAAGGUCAUCUGCAUCUUUAUCUCCUUCUACAGUAUUGACUACAAGCUGGUGCAGAAGGUGUGUCCGGAUUAUAAUUUUCAAAAUGACCAUCCUUACUUUGGUUGAUGGACACACUGACAGGGAGGUCAGAAAACAGGUUUAUGUAGGAAGGUGAGGUUUAAAUUCUUAAGGUUUGAGGGUCUGUUUGUAUGGUAAGGCAACUUUGUGGAAAUAAGAAUGGGUCAUUCCAUAUUGCAUCCCUAUCAAAAUAUGUUCUUCAUCACAAAACAAGAGUGACAUAACACAAGAUGCAUGACUCUGCCCCUGAUAAUCUAAAGACUAUCUGACCUGUCAAGUAAUAACCUGAAACAUCAAAGUCAUCUUAUGUUACCAGCUAAGGAUUUUAACUACUCAAAUGCUCUAUUUUUGAAAACCACCUCAGUAUUACAUGAUCCUUCUCCCAUUUAUUUUGUUUUCCUUUAUUGGUAAAGAGUCCCGAUUAAACGUCAUUUCUUCAA